UCGAUCGUUGACGAGAGUUUUACUUGAAGUGCGAAAUGUCUGGCAAUGGGCAACAGUCUCUUGGGGUUCUCGAGUUCUACCAUAACUCAACGAUCCUUAUUGUUGGAGGGACCGGUUUCUUGGGGCAAAUUCUGCUGGAGAAAAUUCUUCGCAGUUUGCAACCGAAGAAAGUGUAUCUGCUGAUUCGAGAAAAACGAGGUCAGACAGUUGAUCAACGUAUGGACGAACUGUUAAGUGGAAGGCUGUUCAACAAAGUCCGAUUAACAUCGUUGAAGGAAAAACUUCGACCCUUGGAAGUGGACUUUACCAAGGAUAAUCUAUCGUUAAGCGAUGAUCAGCGGGAAGAAUUAGCCAAUGAGGUCGAUGUCGUCUUUUACCUGUUAGCGUCAGUGCACUUUAACCAAAGACUGGAUCGAGCUUUGCAGAUCAACCUCGAAUACGCUAGGCGCGUAUACAGUUUGUCUUUUCAACACUUGAAGGCUGUAGUUCACGUAUCUACAAUGUAUGCGAACAGCGAUCAACGGAUGAUCGAAGAGAAAAUUUAUGGGGAAGAAAUUUUUGGAGGGUACCAAAACUUGAAACGAAUCCUCGAUGAACUUACCCCUUCAGAUAUUAAACAGAUAACGCCACACAUCUUGAGAGGACUACCCAAUACGUACACAUUUAGCAAAAAGUGUGCCGAGUUAAUGGUCCAGGAAGAGUUCGGGGAUCUACCAUUUGGAAUCUUUCGACCACCGAUAAUCAGUUCUAGCUAUCAAGACCCUGUAGUUGGAUGGACCAACAACUUGAAUGGUUUCGGCGCAUUCGUGUCCGGUAUCUAUACGGGUGAGCUACGAAUACUUCCAAUCGAUGUGGAGAAGCGCCCCUUCAUAGCACCGGUAGAUUACUGUGCCAACGCAAUGCUGUGCUGUGCGGUAGAUCUGCAUCGAAGACGCGAUCAGUAUUCGAGCUUUGUUCCAGUUUACAACUACGCCUUCGACAAUCCGCAGUUAACUUGGGGACGAUUCUUCAAUUUCCUUAUGGAUGGAUUACCGCCUGUUCAGAGAUACGUCAAUGGAUAUUUGUUGAUGCGGAAAACCAAAAGCCCCAAAGCUAGUCAACUCUGCUAUUCGAUCCGGAGAUUGGAGGGUCUAGUAUCGGAUGUAUUCGCAAGACUGCUAAGAGGUGAUCAAACGAAGCACUGCCUUAAGGUUGCGGAACAGUCCAUAUGGUAUGCGGAAAGUAUGAAGUUCUUCAGUCUCAACGACUGGCAGCUGCAGAAUGACAACUUUUGCCGUGUUUUGGAUGCUCUUGAUUCUACCGAGAGACAAACGUUCGGCUGUGAUCUGCGCCAGGUUGAUUGGAAGGCCCACGUCACCAGUAUAGCUCCCGGGGUGAUUGAGUUCAUGGAGAAAGCACCUGAUUCAAAGCGGGGUACGUAAUAUUAACUAUUUUUAUUUUAUUUUUUUUUUCAUGUUUUGAGUACACUGGAUUUUAAAAGAUUUUUUUGCCAUUAUAGUUAUACAUUGUGAUUUUUUGACCCAUAAGGUACAAUUUUAUUAUAUAAAUU